AUGCUUAACUUCAUUCGCCACACGUCCAGGGUAAACUCGCGAGGGGAUCCUGCCUCUUCCAGAUGGUUCCACAUGGGACCUCUAGGAGUUCAAAGGACCCUGGGCCGAAGUCGUCUCUUCUUGCAGCCGGUUGCUAAGUGGCGCCGCAGAGACCAGCCCAGGUCCCACCGCGUGGCCCUGCAGGGUUUUGCCCCACAGGGCCACGCCCUGCCAGGCCGGGCCCCCCUCCUCCCUCCUCUUCAGCGCGGAACUUCGGCCGCCAGUGCCAGACCGCCUCUACCUUGGCGGAGGUCAAAGCCGCGACAGUCCCGGCACCAUGUGGCGGGCGGCCCGGGCAGCGCUCCGAGCCUCUGGGGUCCCCCUCCAGGCCUGGAGGCCAAUAUCCACAUCGUCCUUUUUCUCCCAAAAGGCCGCGACCCUGACCGUCACGCCCAAGACUGGGCUGGCCGACAAGCUCCUGGAUAUGAAAGCAGAAGGCUUGGGCUCUGGGAAGCGGGUGACCCUGCAGGUGUCGGGCGUCAGCCACCGAGGCCGCCUCUUCCACUCCCUCGCCCACUAAGAGGUGGACAGCGGCGGGGGGCUGGACCUGGCCAGGGACCUGGCUCUGGGCGGCGACUUCACAGGCGUGGGACCCAUGGGGCUCCUGUGGAGCCUCAUGCCGGCCGCUUCGAAGGAUCCAUGUCUCCGUGGAAUGCCGAGGGCCGCCUUGAAAAACCCCCUCAAAGUGGAGGUGAUGGUCCUUUUGCUGGUCUCAUUGAUAUACUUGGUGAUGGAGGAUUAAGUGAAUCUCGAGCAAGUCUCCUGGCUUGUUGAGGUUUUGCUACUCUGCUUUGCCAUUUUUUGGCUAUGAGGAUCUACCUCCAGUCAUGAAAGACUUAAACUUAGAUUGCUUUGAAGAGGCAGUUAAAUU